AUGUUUAAUUACACUGAAAACUCAUUUGAGUCUCUACGUUUUAUUGGGACUGCAAUCAUAGGAACAAUAAUCAUCAACUAUCUUGUCAACUUUCUUUACAAUGCAUAUACUGCUCGCAAACUUGAAUGUAAACCAAUGAUGCUGAAGCAGAAUGAUGGGUUUUUUGGCUUUAAGAUCUUUUAUCAAAUUUGGAAAGCUAAAGCUGAGGGAAGAAUGAUGGAAAAGUUGAUGGAGAGAUUUGAGCUUCAUCCUGAUGUUGAUACUUUCAAUUUUAGGUUGGCAGGCUUUUUUUUGAUAACGACAAGAGAUCCAGAAAAUAUUAAAGCCCUCUUGGCCACACAGUUUAAUGAUUUUGCUCUUGGUACAAGACAUUCCCAUUUCAAGCCUUUAUUGGGUGACGGUAUAUUUACAUUAGACGCUGAAGGCUGGAAACAUUCUAGGGCCAUGUUGAGACCACAAUUCGCUAGAGAACAAGUUGCUCAUGUCCAAACAUUGGAACCUCACAUUAAAAGAUUGUGUAAGCAUAUUCUGAAACAUAAGGGAGCUGAGUUUGAUAUUCAAGAGCUUUUCUUUAAAUUAACUGUUGAUUCUGCUACGGAAUUCUUAUUCGGACAAUCAGUAGAAAGCUUGAAAGACGAAUCUAUUGGUGAAAAUUCAGAGGAUCUGGACUUCAAUGGAAAGAAAGGUUUCGCCCAUGCAUUUAACACAGCGCAGGCGUAUUUGGCCACCAGAGCUUUAUCGCAGGACCUUUACUUCUUAAUCAACAAUGCUGAAUUUAGAAAUUGUAAUAAGGCGGUACAUACCUUUGCUGACUACUAUGUCAAUUUAGCCUUGAAUGCUACGCAAGAAGAAUUGGAUAAUAAUUCUAAAGGUGGAUAUAUCUUUUUGUACGAAUUAGUGAAGCAGACUAGAGAUCCCAAGGUAUUAAGAGACCAAUUAUUAAACAUUUUAUUGGCAGGAAGGGACACUACGGCAGGAUUAUUGUCUUUCACAUUUUUCGAAUUGGCUAGAAAUCCUAGAAUUUGGGAGGAAUUGAAAAAAGAAAUUUAUGAAACCUUUGGUUAUGCUGAAAACUCUAAAAUCGAUGAAAUUACAUUUGAAUCUUUAAAGAAAUGCGAAUACUUGAAGGCAGUUUUGAAUGAGUCGUUGAGAAUGUACCCCUCAGUGCCUCAAAACUACAGAGUUUCUACAAAAGCUACUAGUUUGCCAAGAGGAGGCGGGAAAGACGGCAUGUCACCAAUAUACAUUCGCAAGGGUCAGACUAUAACAUACACUGUAUAUGCAACUCAUAGAAACCCAAAGAUUUAUGGUAAGGAUGCUGAAGUUUACAGACCCGAGAGAUGGUUUGAGCAAGAGACAAGGAAGUUGGGCUGGGCCUUUGUUCCUUUUAAUGGUGGCCCAAGAAUAUGUUUGGGACAGCAGUUUGCGCUUACGGAGGCUUCUUAUGUUAUUGUUAGGCUCGCACAAACUUUCCCUAAUUUAUCGAGUAAUGACUCGGAGUACCCACCUAGAAAGAACUCUCAAUUGACAAUGUGUCUUCAGGAUGGUGCAAACAUAUUAAUGUCUUGA